GAUGGAUCUGCCUAAGUCCACUUGUAACCGCAUCCUCCCAUUUUAAUUAGCAAGUAGGACACCAGACACGCCUGGAUAAGGGAACAGUGCUCGGUGGCGCUUUCAAUACCCCAGCUAUUGAUGUUCUCCGGGAUAAAGAACUUAGUGCUGAGGGAGAAAUUUGGUUUGGGAACAGAGUUACAUCUAUUGCAACUACCUUUUUCUCUUUGUCAGAUAGCCCUUAUCAAAGCCCCAGCUAACUGCUGCUGUAGCAACAAACGGAACGCCGCUCUCCUCUUGGAACGAGUGUUUCCAGACUGUCUUUACGGGCGAGGGAAGGGCUGCGGUGCGAGGCUGGCGGCUCAUUUCCGUGCCGCGCCGCUGCGCUGGCUGCGGGCUCAAGCCCCGCCGCGCUCCGCCGAGCCGCUCGGGCGGGCCGGGUCCGUCCUCCGCGGCGCCGGGAGCGGCUCCAUCCCCGCCGGAACAGGAAGGCGGCCGGGGCGCCGCGGAGGGCCGGGGAGGAGCCGCCGCCCGCAGCAUCCCCGGGGAGGCUUUUGGCAGGCGGGGGCCGCCGCGCAGCCCGGAGCAGCGGAGCAGAGCACUGGGAACAUGGCCCUGCGAGAGGGAGGAACCAGCAGCAGCUCCAGCAAUGACAAGCAGGAACAGAACUAUAAUCGUGUUAUUACAAUUGUCUUCCUGGCCCUCUUCAUCGACUUGUUGGGAUUUGCCCUCAUCUUGCCACUCUUUCCUUCCAUCCUUGAUUAUUACAGCCAGACUGAGGAUGGAUUCUAUUUGUCAUUGCAACGCGGGGUAGACUGGUUUGCAGUGAUGGCUGGGAUUCCUCCAGAGCGGAAAUACAACAGCGUCUUGUUUGGAGGUCUGAUUGGCUCAAUCUUUUCCCUCCUGCAGUUUUUCUCCUCUCCCCUCACUGGUGCUGUGUCAGACCACUGGGGCAGAAGGCCUGUCAUGCUGGUGACAGUGAUGGGUUUGAUAGCAUCAUACUCACUCUGGGCUGCCUCUCGGACUUUUGGCGUUUUUCUCCUCUCCAGGAUCAUAGGGGGGAUAAGCAAAGGGAAUGUCAGCCUCUCCACAGCUGUCAUUGCUGACUUGCACUCUCCCAAAGCACGGAGCAAGGGCAUGGCCAUGAUUGGUGUUGCUUUCUCCCUGGGCUUCACCCUGGGCCCCAUGAUGGGUGCUUACCUCGCCAUGCAGACAGAGAAAGGAGAAGUCUUCUACCUUCGCUCAGCGCUCUCAGCACUCAUGUUUUCUGUGGCUGAUUUCAUUUUCAUCUUCCUCCUUCUUCCAGAGACACUUCCCAAGGAAAAACGGGUCCCUUCUGUGACGUCUGGAUUUCAGGCAGCAGUUGACUUGCUCAGUCCUUUGGCUUUAUUUCAGUUCUCUGCAGUCACCCGAGGAAAGGAGUCCCCUUCAGAGCAGAAUCUUCAGAAUCUCAAAAUUUUGGGCCUGGCUUACUUCCUGUACCUCUUCCUGUUUUCUGGAUUGGAGUACACACUGAGUUUUCUCACUCACCAGAGAUUCCACUUCAGCAGCAUGCAGCAGGGCAAGAUGUUUUUCUUUAUUGGAAUAACAAUGGCUGUGAUCCAGGGAGGCUAUGCUCGACGAAUCAAGCCAGGAAAUGAAAUCAGAGCUGUAAGAAGGGCCAUUAUGUUGCUGAUUCCAGCGUUCUUGUUAAUUGGAUGGGCCGCCAAUGUGACCAUGCUGAGCGCUGGACUGCUGCUGUACUCCUUCGCUGCAGCCAUUGUUAUCCCGUGUUUGUCAGCAGUGGUGUCAGGCUAUGGCACUGCUGGCCAGAAGGGACGAGUCAUGGGCAUCCUGAGGAGCCUGGGCGCCCUGGCCAGAGCCCUGGGACCAGUCCUGGCAGCUGCAGUUUACUGGUUGGCUGGGGCAGAGAUUUGCUUCACUGUCUGUGGAGCUUUUUUCCUUGUCCCCUUGGCUCUACUCAGGUCUAUAAAACAGCAGACAAAGGAGGAGUAGGAAGGAACCACAAAACCAUCACCAGCUUCCAAGGACCUCUGCAAGACCUGACUCUUGGCACCUGACUCUGCUGAGGAAAUAGGAAGAUUUUCAUCUUCUGGAAGGAGAUGCACGAUGACCAUUUGCAGCAACAACACACAGCAGUUAUGUUUAAGGUGGCCUCCCAGCCAGCUGGGUUAGCUUUGCAAACAGAAAAGCACCAAACAAAGGAAAACAGCCCCACACCCCCACCAAGAGCUGAGAAAGGCAUUCAGAGCAGCAGAGAAGCAGACACAGCACAGCAGCAGCAGGCCUGGAGCCCUCCCCACUCAGCAGGUGCUGUUGCACACAGGGCUCUGCAGGGGCUGGGCUGGCACAGAACAAAGCCUCAGGACCAUUCUGCUGCGGUUUGUGUACAGGAGGUACGGGAGCGCUGCCAAUGCUGCAUCCACCCCUGCAAACGUGAUGGUCAAACAAAAGCAGAAGCACACUACAGGCUGCCUGGUACCCCCUGGUACUUUGGCACAGCUGGACUGUUUUUAAUAUACAAUUAAAUUUAGAGACAUGUUUUAUAUUUCUAAUACUGUGGGAUGUUUUUGAUGACCAAGCUCUGUUCUUUUUGCAUUACAAUAAACGGUUAUGUUGAA